UUUAUCAAACUUUUCAUACCAUCCAUCCUUCGCUAACCAAAAAUUCCUCUUCUCCCUGCACGCCAUUUCUUCAAAGCUAAAGCUAAGGCUAAUCAGCCCAACCAGACUACCUUUACAUUCUUACCAGUUCUCUCAAAAGUCAAACCUCCAUGGACAAAAUAGCUCCAUUUCACCACCUUAACCCUCAUAUCCUUCAAAACCCAACACUCACUCACAACCACAACCACAAGCCACAUAAAAGCCAGUCCUUCACUUCUCUUGCUCUUGCUCACUCUGUCACAGACACUACUUCUCCUGAAACUCCAAUCCUUGCUUCUCUUCCUUCCUCUUCGUGGAAAGUCUCCUCGAGCAUGAUCAGUGAGAUAACAUCUCUGAAUUCUGUGAAAGCAGUGCAUGCCCAGAUCAUAAAAUUGUCUAACAAACCCAGUUGGGAUACCAUUGGAAAGAGUUUGAUCGCAUAUUACUUAGAAUUUGGUGAUUUUAAGUCGGCUGCAAUGGUAAUACUCUUUCUGGGUUUUUCCAGAAACCAUCUUAUAUGGGAUUGGAAUUCUAUUUUGCAGGAGUUUACAAGUUUUGGUGGUGAUACUCAUGAUAUUCUUGUGGUUUUCAGAGACUUUUAUUGUGGAGGAGUGGUGUUUGAUAGUAAAGUUCUGGCCUUGGUUUUAAGAAUUUGUGCCAGGUUAAUGGAUUUGUGGCUUGGAGUGGAGAUUCAUGCUUGUUUGAUCAAGAGGGGCUUUGUCUUGGAUUUGUAUUUGAACUCUGCACUGAUAAACUUUUAUGGGAGUUGUUGGAGCAUUGAGAGUGCAAAUCAAGCGUUUGAUGAAAUGCCGGAUACAGAAGAUCCCCUGUGGAAUGAGAUUAUCAUGGCAAAUUUGAGGAAUGAAAGAUGGAUGGAAGCUCUAGAGUUAUUUCGGGAUAUGAAUAUGUCAGGUGGGAAAGUCUAUGGUGGAACAAUUGUGAAAGUACUGCAAACUUGUGUUAAAAUGGGAGCUCUCAAUGAAGGAAAGCAAAUUCAUGGGUUUGUUUUACGAUGUGGACUUGAAUUCAAUUUAUCAAUUUGCAAUUCACUGAUUAGCAUGUACUCCAAAAAUGACAGACUUGAACUAGCUAGGAUAGUUUUUGAGUCAAUGAGAGAUCGUAACUUAUCUUCAUGGAACUCAAUUAUCUCGGGUUAUGCUGGACUUGGUUGUUUGAAUGAUGCUAGGAAUCUUUUUCACGAAAUGGAAGUUUCUGGUGUAAGACCAGACAUUGUAACUUGGAAUUGCCUUUUGUCAGGCCAUUCUCUUCAUGGCUCAUAUAAAGAAGUCCUAAACAUUUUGCAGAGAAUGCAAGGUGUGGGCUUGAGACUGAAUUCAGGCUCUAUCACCAGUGUUAUUAAAGCAGUUAUCAAACUGGGCCUCAUUAAUAUGGGGAAAGAAAUUCAUGGCUAUGUGAUACGAAAUGUGCUUGACAAUGAUGUAUAUGUAGGAACUUCAUUGUUGGACAUGUAUGUGAAGAACAAUUGCUUAACUAAUGCUCGUGUGGUUUUUAACAAUAUGAAGAACAGAAAUAUUUUUGCCUGGAAUUCAUUAAUUUCGGGGUAUUCCUACAAGGGGCUUUUUGAAGAUGCUGAAAAGCUAUUGAGCCAAAUGAAAAAGGAAGGAAUCAAACCCGAUUUAGUGACAUGGAAUUGCCUAGUUUCUGGGUAUUCAAUGUGGGGUUGCAGUAAGGAAGCUCUGGCUGUGAUUCAUCGCAUCAGAAGUUUUGGAUUAACUCCUAAUGUUGUAUCAUGGACUGCUCUGAUAUCUGGCUGUUCACAGAAUGAAAGCUAUAGGGACUCUUUUGAGUUUUUCAUCCAAAUGCUGGAAGAAGGUAUCAAACCCAACUCAGCCACCAUAUCCAGCUUACUUCGAACUUGUGCAGGCCUAUCUUUGUUGCAGAAGGGUGAAGAGAUACACUGUCUCAGUGUAAAAGAUGGUUUCACUGGAGACUUAUAUGUAGGCACUGCACUUAUCGACAUGUAUAGUAAGUCGGGCAAAUUAAAAAAUGCCCACAAGGUUUUCAAAAAGAUUCAGAACAAAACAUUAGCCUCUUGGAAUUGCAUGAUCAUGGGUUUUGCCAUUUAUGGCUUUGGAAGAGAAGUGAUUUCGCUAUUUGAUGAGAUGUGUGGAGUGGGUGUCCAACCAGAUUCUAUAACCUUUACAGCUAUCCUCUCUGGUUGCAAGAAUGCAGGUCUAGUUGAUGAAGGAUGGAAAUACUUUGUUGGUAUGAGCAUGUAUUAUAAUAUAAUCCCAACAAUUGAGCAUUAUUCUUGCAUGGUAGAUCUUCUAGGGAGAGCUGGUUAUCUUGAUGAAGCACGGGAUUUCAUUCGAAAUAUGCCACUAAAGCCAGAUGCUACCAUUUGGGGUGCUCUUCUUGGAUCCUGCAAAAUCCAUAAUAACAUUGAGUAUGCGGAAUUUGCAGUGAAGAAACUAUUUGAGUUAGAACCACAUAAUUCUGCUAAUUAUGUUCUUAUGAUGAAUUUAUAUGCCUUUUCAAACAGAUGGGAGGAUGUGAAGCGUGUUAAAGACUUGAUGGGUGUUUUAGGGGUAAAGAACCUCCAAGUGUGGAGCUGGAUACAAAUCGAUUGCAAGAUUCAUUUUUUCUCUGCAGAAGGGAAGCCACAUCCCGAUGCAGGAGAGAUAUAUUUUGAGUUAUAUAAUUUGGUUUCUGAGAUGAAGAAAGUGGGAUAUGUGCCUGACAUCAGCUGUGUAUAUCAGAACAUAGAUGAGGUUGAGAAGGAUAAGGUGCUGCUUAGUCACACUGAGAAGUUGGCUAUUACUUAUGGGCUGAUGAAGAUGAAAAGUAGUACACCAAUUAGGGUGAUUAAGAACACAAGAAUGUGUACUGACUGUCACACUGCUGCAAAAUAUAUGUCUUUGGUACGAAACCAUGAGAUCAUCAUCAAAGAUGGCAUUCGAUUUCACCAUUUCAGAGUAGGAAAGUGUUCCUGCAAUGAUUGUUGGUAAUAAGGACUGUCAAUGGUUUUUGCCUUUCUGAAUGCUAUGUUGACAUCAUGUUGAGCUCUUAAAUAUGAUGAAUUAGUUGGCUCCAAGCCUCAAGUAGAAGACAUAUGUUUGUGGGUCAAGGCCAGGAGAUCAUGGAGGAGAGAAACUGGAUGCAUCACUGAGUCCAUAUUCCUCAUAUAAGAGGUUAUCAAUGAAGCAUGGACGAGGAUUCUACCCAAUAGGUACACUAUAUGUACGUGUUAAUCCACAAGCUUCAUUGGCCGGUGUUCAUAUUUUUGUAAUAUGUUUUUUUUCGCAAAAAGUGUUGUCCAUAAUUAUCUAAAAGUUAACAGGGGUGAAAUUACCUUUUUAUUUUUGCCCCCUUUAAAGACUUGUAAGAAAUAACCUUAUCUAUAAAAACUUGUUGCUGAAGAUUGUUGUAAGA